CACUGCCGACGCACAAGGCCCUCUAGCUGUUUUUAACACUGUGCACCAGCGACGUCGUAGAAAACAAAUAUACUUAUUUUAACAUGCAUGAAGCAAAUUACUCCCCUCUGCUUUUAUUUGUGACCACAUUAUUGGUCGUGAGCUGUCACAGCACUCAACCUGCUGCUCAACAAGACAUGAAACAUGGUGAAAAUGUUGUAGCUGGCAAAUUGGAAACAUUGGCCUUCAACUUCAACUCGACCAAUGCGACUCAUUUGGCCUAUGGGAUUGCUGCCAAUGUGCUCGCCGCGCUGUUGUAUGGAAGCAACUUUGUCCCUGUAAAAAGAAUAGAGACGGGCGACGGUAUGUUCUUUCAGUGGGUGUACUGCGCAUCGAUAUGGAGUGUAUCUAUGUUUGCAGACUUGAUACUGCAGUCGCCCAAAUUCUACCCAUUUGCGAUGUUUGGAGGUGUCCUCUGGGCUACAGGGAAUAUAGCAGCUGUUCCAAUUGUUAAAGCGAUUGGCCUCAGUCUCGGCAGUGUUAUUUGGAGCUCUUCAUGUUUGCUGAUAGGCUGGGCCAGCACAAGGUUCGGCUGGUUUGGGAAUCCUCAGGAUGUUCCCAGGCCGAUGUUAAAUUAUUGUGGAGCUGGGUUGUGUCUGCUCAGUGGCCUGAUUUUUUUCUUUGUGAAAACGGACGUGGAUCUGCAUCCCAGCUCUGAAUCGAUUCCAUUGCUUCUGGACAGAAGAUCAACCUCGUGCAGCUAUGGUCCAAGUUCCUCAGAGUUCUGGAUGGAUGUCAUCCGACCAAAGACCAGGCGCUUCAUAGGCUGCCUGCUUGCUGUUGUGUCGGGGCUGCUCUACGGGUUCUCCUUUGCACCCAUCCUUUACAUUAAGAGCCAUUCAUCAUGCCCCGACAGCGUCUUCCAUGGAGCCAGUGAUUAUGAUCUCGACUAUGUUUAUGCGCAGUGCUGCGGCAUUUUUGUCGCAAGCACGGUGUACUUUGCCAUCUAUUGUGCUGUCAUGAAUAACAGGCCCAGGGUCUACUCCCGAGCCGUCCUACCAGGUCUGUUUUCUGGCUUGAUGUGGGCAUCGGCCACAUACUGCUGGUUCCUGGCCAAUAACUACCUGAGUGCAGUCAUUUCCUUUCCUAUUGUCAGCGCAGGAUACGGUCUGGUUGCAGCACUGUGGGGAACCUUGGUGUUCAGAGAGAUUAAGGGUUUAGUCAACUGCUUAAUCUUCACCUUGGCCUUCUGUGUCGUGCUGGCUGGCUGCUUGCUGACCAUCCUCUCAAAGCUCUAAUGCAGAAGCUAGUGACUGUAAUAUUUCCAUU